GUGCACGUGGCAGGGUGCGCAGGAUAAGCGCACGUGGGGCUGCGCGCGUGAGCGGCGCACGAGAGGCGCCAGGCAGCCUGGGUUUUGUUUCGCGGUCGCCUUGACGACCGGGCAGCCUGCAACGGCGCUGCGGCGAGUCGUUGAGAAUGUGAGCCGAGCCAGGCAUCUUGCGGACCUCGCCUGACUCGGCCGGGCCGGCGCCGGAGAGAGUACCAGCCCCAUCCGAACGGGGACUAUGAGAAAAUGGUCGGGCAAACGAGGAAUAAGCUCAGAGGUGCAGCUUCAGAGCCAUCGCACUUUCUCCGCUCCACUCAGUCUAGGCGGCGGCGCCGGGCCACAGGAACUGGGGAGCGGGAGUUGGAGGAGGAGCCGAAGGAGGAGGUGAAAAGGCCGGAGCUGCCUAUGCGCACACGCAGGGGGAACCUGCCAAGGGGUGCCCGGAAGUAUUCGCCGCGGAGGAUCCGAAACUUGAAAACGCAGAAUUGCGUGCCAGUGGAGAUGGUCAGAAGGACCGAUCUUCUGAAUGACCGCUUUCCGUUUCUCAGCUCUUUGCUGGAGCUGCUGUGGGACAAGGCUCAACUAUUGCAAAGACGUCAGGUCUCGGGCAAGGGGACCUUCGGCAUAGCUGCCUUUGUGGCAAUUUUGCACUGGGUACAUUUGAUAACACUUUUUGAAAAUGAUCGUCAUUUUUCUCACCUCUCAGCCUUAGAACGGGAGAUGACUUUUCGCACUGAAAUGGGACUUUAUUAUUCCUACUUCAAGACCAUUGUUGAAGCACCUUCAUUUUUGCAAGGACUAUGGAUGAUUAUGAAUGACAGGCUCACUGAAUAUCCCCUUGUAAUUAAUACAGUGAAACGCUUCCAUCUUUAUCCAGAGGUGAUUAUAGCCUUCUGCUAUCGCACAUUUGUGGGAAUAAUGAAUUUAUUUGGGUUAGAAACUAAGACCUGCUGGAACGUGACCAGAAUAGAACCUCUAAAUGAAGUUCAAAGCUGUGAAGGAUUGGGAGACCCUGCUUGCUUUUAUGUUGGUGUGAUUUUUAUUUUAAAUGGAAUAAUGAUGGGAUUGUUCUUCAUGUAUGGUGCUUACCUGAGUGGGACUCAACUUGGAGGUAUAAUUACAGUUUUAUGCUACUUUUUCAACCAUGGAGAGGCCACUCGGGUGAUGUGGACACCACCUCUCCGGGAAAGUUUUUCAUAUCCAUUUCUUGUACUUCAGAUGUACAUCUUAACUGUGAUUCUCAGGACCACGAACAAUAGUAGAAGGCACUUUAUUGCACUCUGCCUUUCCAAUGUUGCUUUUAUGCUUCCCUGGCAAUUUGCUCAGUUUAUACUUUUUACACAGAUAGCCUCAUUAUUUCCUAUGUAUAUUGUGGGGUACAUUGAGCCAAACAAGUUUCAAAAGAUAAUUCAUGCAAACAUGAUUUCAGUUUUGCUUUGUUUUGUAUUCAUGUUUGGAAAUCCAAUGUAUUUAUCUUCUUACUAUUCUUCAUCUCUGAUAAUAACAUUGGUGAUAAUUCUAAAGAGAAAUAAAAUUCAAAGAUUUGGAGUAUCUGAACUCCACUUUUGGGUAAUUCAAGGUAGUGCUUGGUUUUUUGGAACAAUCAUUUUGAAAUUUCUGACAUCUAAAAUUUUAGGUGUUUCAGACCAUAUUCGCCUGAGUGACCUUAUUGCCGCCAGAAUCUUAAGAUAUACAGAUUUUGAUACCUUAAUUUACACCUGUGCUCCUGAAUUUGACUUCAUGGAAAAAGCGACGCCAGUGCGAUAUUCAAAGACAUUGUUGCUUCCAACUAUUGUGGUGAUUACUUAUUUUAUCUUUAAAAAGGCUUUUCGUGAUAUUCUAUGUGUCUUGUGUGCAAACACUUAUCUAAGAAAACAGCUCCUUGAACAUGGUGAGAUAAUUUUUCACACAUUGCAGUUGUUUGCAUUUACUCCCCUUGCCAUUUUAAUUAUGAGGCUGAAGCUCUUUUUGACACCUCACAUGUGUGUUAUGGCUUCCCUGAUAUGUUCUCGGCGGCUCUUUGGCUGGCUUUUUUGCAGACUUCGUUUUAUGCCUCUUAUCCUCAGUCUUGUAACAGUAAUGUCAAUACAAGGUUAUGCAAACCUCCAUAAUCAAUGGAGCAUAAUAGGAGAAUUUAAUAAUUUGCCCCAGGAAGAACUGAUACAGUGGAUCAAAUACAAUACCAGGCCAGAUGCUGUUUUUGCUGGUGCCAUGCCUACAAUGGCAAGUGUGAAGCUUUCCACUCUUCACCCCAUUGUGAAUCACCCACAUUAUGAGGAUGCAGACUUGAGAGCUCGGACAAAAAUAGUUUACUCCGCAUAUAGUCGAAAAUCUGCAAAAGAAGUGAGAGACAAGUUGGUGGAGUUACAUGUAAAUUACUACAUUUUAGAAGAGGCAUGGUGUGUUGUGAGAACUAAGCCUGGUUGUAGUAUGCUUGAAAUUUGGGAUGUGGAAGACCCUUCUAACUCAGCUAACCCUCCCUUAUGUAGCAUCUUGCUCAAGGAUGCGAGGCCAUACUUCACCACAGUGUUUCAGAAUAGUAUGUACAGAGUGUUAAAAGUUAAUUGAGAAAAGACUGCCCUUUACACUAUGGUGCAAAGAGGUGCACAAAAACAAUCACUUUAGUUUAUUUACAUUAAUAAAAAUCACAAGCUUUAAUAAGAGACCCUUAAAAACAAGAUAGGAAAAAUGAUUUAAAGUUUUUCUAAUUUCUAAAAGGUAAAUUAUUUCAUUGUUUUCCAUUGAAUGUCAGCCUUAUUAAACUUAUCAUAUAAAUGAGUAAAUAAUUUCAUAUUCCAUAAAUAAAUGUUCAUCUUAAAGUUUUAAAGAAGAAAAAUAUAUGUAAGAGAACAAUGAAAUUGAAUAAAUCAAGAAUAUAUAAGUCCUUUUGUAUCCAACUAGGUGAAUUGCUUCUAAUUUUCUCUAGUUCUAGGAUGUACCAACUCAAACUCUUUAAAACACUUAAAAGAGACUAAUGCAGUUUCUGAAAUGACACUUCCCUAAGAUCCUGCUACUGAUCACAACCUCUAUCUUUGUGAGGAAAUUUGUUUGUAACCAUGUGUAUAUUAAGGUUGUUUUUGCCUUUAGUAGCCCUCAGGAAAGAUCUUUAAUAGCUUUUAACAACUUUUUUUUAUCAUUUCAAGUUAAAUAUUUUUCAAAACAGCUUAUUUUGCAAUGUUUUCAAUCUUUUUAAAUUUAUUUAUCCAGCCAGAUAUUUUCCACUGAUCAGUUCUCAAUUUAAGUUCAGCAGAUUAUUAAUCUGUCUUUUAGAAUACAGUGGUUUUUUUUUUCUUUUACUAUCCAAGUAAAAAUGUUAUAGUACACAGCCAAAUUUAGGGCUUAAGCAUAAUCAGAAAAGAAAACCCAGUUAAAUUUAUCAAAUAAAAUUUGAAGAAGCAAAGGCAUUUUCAUCUUGAAGUCCUGUAGCUCAUUGGUCAUAGUCAUUUUUACCCCCGUCACCAUCUUUUUUAAUAAUAUGUUUUAAGUCCUUAUUUAGUUUUGGUUUUGGAUGAGGACAGUAAUGUUUCAUAGAUCCUCUCUUCCAGUAUAAAACCUAUCCAACAGUAAUGCUUUGAAAAGUGGUAGUUAUCUAGAAAAUAUGGUUGCCAAGUGGAAAGUUAAACACUCUCUCUGAUUGAUAGAUGUUGAAUAUGCCAUAUCUGUAGUAUUUUAAUGUGCAUCUACUUUAAUAAUCUUGGAAUGUUUGUAAUUCCCUUGUUUUUGGCCCUCUCUGUGUUUGAGAUAGCAAAAUUACUUAAUUCCAUAGAUUAGUUCAUUUAUAGUAGGUAGAAAAGUACAUAUACAGGAAAACCAAUAAAUUAUUUUUCAACUUUUAUUAUAAUUGUAAAAUAUUUUAAUACAAGAUACAGAACAGCUAAGAAUACAAAACUGUAUUUAUAUUCACAUCUCA